GCGGAUGGAUGUAAAGUGUGCGCGCGCGGUCCCGGUUGUGUAACACAUGUGGAAUCUAAGUGCCAUGGUGGUGUAAAGUUGGAGUACAGAGGGGUAGACGGGUCAUUGUGAAGUGAGGUGUGAGUGUCCCGGUGCCCCAUGGAUGUAGUCGGGACACUUGUCAGGCUUGUAUCAGCCGGCUGCAGGAGACAUGUGAGCUGUAUAGUGAGACCGAGCAGGACUUCCACCACCAACUCCGGGAACUUCCUGCUUGGCCAAGGACUUCACCCAAGGUGUUCUGUAUGGAUGACCGGACACCGUGUACAGGAGAGGAGAGCUGGUCACAUCUAUAAUGGUUGCCGGUAUACACACUCCGAGACACCUCAGGCCACAUUAUCCAGUGUUGUACCAGUAUUUUCUGUGAUGAAAUUUGACAAGCAUGGAAACAUAUUAUCAUUUGAGAGAAAAAAAACAGAAUUAUACCAAGAAUUGGGUUUACAGGCACGAGAUUUAAGAUUCCAGCAUCUUGUGAGCAUCAGCUCUAGAAAAAACAAGAUCAUUUUAAGAAUGGAGUUCUUAAAAGCUGUCAUAACACCGGAAUAUCUUCUAAUACUGGAUUAUCGGAACCUUCACUUAGAGCAGUGGUUUCUUCGGGAACUUGCUCCUCAACUAGCGGGAGAAGGGCAGCUAGUGACAUACUCCUUACCCUUUGAGUUUAGAGCCUUGGAGGCAAUCCUGCAGUACAGGAUUAGCAAUCUACAAGAGAGACUUCAAUAUCUACAACCUCAUAUUCUGGAAACUUUGGAAGCAUUGGUGGACCCCAAAUUAAUGUCAGUAGAUAGAAGUAAAUUGCAUGUUCUACUCCAGAGUGGAAAAAGUUUAUCAGAGUUAGAAACAGAUAUCAAAGUUUUUAAAGAAGCAAUUUUAGAAAUCUUGAAUGAAGAUGAACUUAUUGAAGAGCUGUGCUUGACGAAGCCAGAUAGUCUUCAGCCCCCUGUAGAAGGUACUUCCAAGAUUGAUCAUGCUGAAGAGAUGGAACUGCUUCUGGAGAAUUACUACAGACAAGCAGAAGACUUGGCUAAUGUGGCCAGAGAGCUACGUGUACUAAUGGAUGACUCAGAAAGUGUCAUUUUCCUUCACCUGGAUAGCCACCGAAAUGUAAUGAUGAGACUGAACUUACAACUUACCAUGGGUACCUUCUCCAUCUCACUGUUUGGUCUUAUUGGAGUGGCCUUUGGAAUGAAUUUGGAAUCUACCUUUGAAGAUGAUCCUCAGGUCUUUUGGUUUGUUACAGGAGUAAUGUUCCUAGGAAGUGGUCUAAUAUGGAGGCGUUUGCUCUCUUUUCUUGGAAGGCAUUUAGAACCAUCAAAGCCUCCCUCGAUCUUGAAGAGGACAUUUCCUUUCAAUGGAAGAGUAGACACACCAAAUAAUCCUAAAAUGUGACCUUUCCUAUCCCAUGGACUACUAAGCAGAGUUACUGUUACAGUGGUAAAUCCCUGCCACCGAACAGAAAGUGGCAAGUUCAGGUCCGUGCUGGCCACAAGGACAUUUUAAUCCAGAUUGGUGGAGUAUCUUCCACCUCUGAUUCUGUGCACCUCUCCAGAGUAGACAAACGCCUGAAGAAAAGCAGUUUAUGUGGACUUUAUUCACUUGCACUUUGUAGCAUUUUGUGAGUAAAUAUAGAGGAAUUAUUUUUUAUAUGGUAUUUGACUUGUCAUAUGUGUAAUACUAAUAUUAAUCAUCCUCUUCAUGACUAGAGACAUACAUGAACUAGUAAUACAGACCUCACUGGUAUUUCUCACUGUAAAGUGUACAUUUUAGAUUUUCUACUGUACUGCCAUGGUAGUGGUACUUGAACGAAUCCUACAAGACCUUGAUAGUAUAUUGCUGUAUCUCAUAAUAUGUAUAGGUCUAUACUAUACUGCCAUUAUGCGUUAAUAAAUCAUAAUACACACUUUUUCCCAAU